CCUCUCUCCCCACCCCGAGCAGAUCCAUCCUUCCAGAGACUGCACGGUCUGCCUGGGGAGGGCAGCUCGGGAGAGGCGAUUUGGCAGAGGUGUAGCCAGUCGCCUCUUCCAGAGGAGAGGGGCGCCGCCUCGGCCUCUCACCUGCUCCUGCGGCGGCAGCGGGGCAGAGGCCCUGCCGAGGCUUGCCCGGGCUCCCGCAGUUCACGGCUCGCCUCCUUCCCUCCCAGCGCCCGCGCUCUGCCCGGGGUGUUCGUGCGCUGCCUUCGCCCGGCCUGCCUCCCUGAGCGCCGGGCUGACCAUGCUGGGGACCCGCCGCGACCGGCUGCUCAUCCUGCUGCUUCUCGGGGCGCUGCUCAGCGCCGAUCUCUACUUCCACCUCUGGCCCCAAAUGCGGCGCCGCCUCGGUCCGGCCGAAACGGGGGAGCGACGCUGUUCCUGCCCCGCCGAAGCCGCCGCCGCCGCCAGUCUGAAGCCCCGGACUCGGCCGCCCGAGAGCGUCCCCGCGAACCGGAGCAGCCAGGCCAACGACUCCAAGCUGAGGAGGCUCUUCGCGCACCCGCUCUACAGCGCCCCCGAGGGGCCCGCAGAGAAGCUGCUCAACGGGCAGGAGACGCUGCGCUACUACCGGCGGAAAAUAGCCCGCUGGAACAGAAGACACCAGGUUUACAGACAAGAACGCAACCUAACCCUGGCUUCAGUGAUUCAGCUCAGACAGGAGGCAAGCUGGCUCCAGUUCCACUUGGGAAUCAAUCGCCAUGCCUUGUAUCCACGGGCCAGCCCUAUGGUUGACCAGCUCCUUCAGGACACGCAGGAGUUCAGUACCAUCAGUGCUGAUUACAGCCAGGAUGAGAAAGCCUUGCUAGGGGCCUGUGACUGCUCCCAAAUUGUAAAACCCAGCGGGGUGCACCUGAAACUUGUUUUGCGGUUCCAAGACUUUGGGAAAGCCAUGUUCAAACCAAUGAGACAGAAACGAGAUGAGGAGACUCCAGAAGACUUUUUUUACUUCGUUGACUUUCAGAGACACAAUGCAGAGAUAGCUGCCUUCCACCUGGACAGAAUUCUGGAUUUCCGUCGCGUCCCUCCAGCAGCUGGGAGAAUGAUAAACAUCACAAAAGAAAUUUUAGAAAUCACAAAGAAUGAAAUCUUACAGAGUGUCUUUUUUAUUUCCCCAGCCAGCAAUGUCUGUUUCUUUGCGAAGUGCCCUUAUAUGUGCAAAACAGAAUAUGCCGUCUGUGGGAACCCUCACCUGUUGGAAGGGUCCCUGUCUGUUUUCCUGCCUUCUCUCAACUUGGCACCACGAAUCUCCAUCCCCAACCCAUGGAUCCGAUCCUACACCUUUGCAGGAAAAGAGGAGUGGGAAGUAAAUCCUCUCUACUGCAACACUGUGAAGGAGAUUUAUCCUUACAGCAGUGGCAGCCGGCUACUCAAUAUCAUUGACAUGGCCAUAUUUGACUUCUUAAUAGGCAAUAUGGACCGCCAUCAUUAUGAGAUGUUUACCAAGUUUGGAGAUGACGGCUUUUUGCUUCAUUUGGAUAAUGCAAGAGGAUUUGGGAAACAUUCCCGUGAUGAGAUUUCCAUCUUGGCUCCACUUGAACAGUGUUGCAUAAUAAAGAAGACCACCUUGUUACGGCUGCAGCUUUUAGCAAAGUCAGACUACAAACUCAGUGAUAUCAUGAGGGAGUCCCUCCUUCAAGACCGUCUUGCCCCUGUGUUGACAGAAGCCCAUCUUCUGGCAUUGGACAGGAGGUUACAAAUCAUCCUGAAAACUGUGGAGAAAUGCAUAGAGGCCUUUGGAGAAGACACUGUUGUGGCUGUUGCUAAGCCUUUGGAACCCAUGGCUUUUGACAGAAUGACACGGCCAAGCUAGAGUCCAGGGGAAAAAUAGAACCUGAACUUGAAAUGAUUGAUUGUGCUUCCUUAACCUCGACGUUAAGACUUGGGAGGAAGGCAGUCACAGCAGACUCAGGAAACAACUGGGUGGUUGAAACCUACAGCUUUGGCCUCAGAUUUAUAGAUGGGAAUCCCAUAUACACCACCUACAAUCUUUCUGCCUCUUCUCCAAGUGAUUGAAGAAAUACAAUCUUCUGUAACUACAAACCAUGCCCUUCUCAGGAUCGGCCUGUGCUCUUGUUGCCACACAGCAUCAUGGCUAGACUUGACUGGUGGCUUGAAUAAAGUUGGGGAGGGGCAAUGAAAAAAAACAUUCCUGGCAUGUAUCCCCAUCAAGAUUUAGGGCAAUAUUAACAAGGUGGACAUGUGUCUCCUCAGGGAUGUUUUGUUUGUGGAGAACCAUAGCAGAAAGCCUAGCAGCCCUUGGCAAAAGCAAGCGAUGAAAAUACACUGAUGUGGCCGACAUUCUAGCUCUAACCUAGCUUAGACAACUACACAGUACAGUAGAAAGAAAAAAACAGGCAUAGAAAUGCUAUUUUAAGGCAUAAAAUUCCACAUGCGUCAAGGUUGCCAGGGAAGGGGAAAUUGCUUUCCCUUGUGUAAGGAUCCAUCAAUUUGGGGUUGCAUUGUGGGUGCCUUCAGAUGGUUCCAGAUGUCCUUGAUAUCAAGGUAAUGCACAUAAGCUGCAAUUUCACAUUAUAACGAUUGCCACUGAAAUCCUUCCGGCCAUUCACUUUGGAAUAAUUGAACAAUAAGAGUAGUAUCUUGGUUGAUGUCUCAUCACCAGCUAGCUGUAGCGGUGCUUCUUUUUCACACAGCAGCAGCAUCACAGUGGAAGCAGGACUUAUACACACACACAAACACACAUACAUACCUGGAAGCCUUCAGUGCCAUCUGAUGUAAAGAGCAGCAAACAGAAUGUGGGCUGCAGCAUAGCAAGUAGAAGAAGGAAGUGAACCAAAGGAAUCUACACCAAGCCUAAAAGUGUUCUGAAACACAUAUGGAACUUGCCAAAAAGUUUGGACCACAGUGCUCCUGUUCAGGGUGCCAGCCAACCACACACUAUUCUAGGAACCUCCCAUCCACUUUGUCACAUUUUUGCCAGUAACCACCCUUAAACACUCUAUAAGCAUGGUGUUCACUGACUCUGGGUACUGUUUUUUUUAAACCCUUUUUUUUUCUUUUGAAGAAUUUUUGAACAUUUAUAUUUAGUGGCACUGACAUGUUCACACCCAUCCACUUUCUUUAUCCCCCAGUUUUAAAACUGGAUCUGGCACUGGCAAGGGAAACAUUAAGGCUGGCAGCACAACAGGCUCUCUGAGCUACAUCAUCGUCAGACCUGGGUGCGGUGCCGAUAACGAACCCAAGGUGUUUGAGGAAAUGAGAUAUCAACUGUUAGAUUCUUUCCCUAGUAAAUUUAUGCAAGAUCAUUAAAAAUCUGGUCAUUAGAACCAUCCUCCAUCCCAAGGAAACCUGAGGAGCUUACCAACGCCCCUUCAAAACAAGUAGCAGAUUUGUUUAAUACACCAAGGAAUGUAGACAACUCCAUGUGGAGCCCCUACUGCUUCCAGCGAUUCAAAACAUUAGUUGGUUUCAUGGUGAAAACCACCUCCAUUUAAGCUUUCCUUACAAGCUUGAUCAUGGAAGUUAACAGCACAGAUACUGUGCAUGCACAUCCUCUCCCACCCUUUUGGGGUGGGGUCUAGACAUAAUAGCCCGCCCCCACCACCAAGGAUUAUCAUUAGGAUUUUGGCAAAGUCAUUCAGCAUAGGAGGUAUGAUGAUGGAAGUACAGAGAGACAAAGUCAAAAGUCUAGUGUAAACUCCUAUCCCACGCUGGAGUCUCACCUGAUCUUCCAAUCUGUUCAGACAACUUUCUGAAUUUCCAACGGCUUCACCAUUACUGCUGAAUUACCCAUGGGGGCUGAGAAUUCUGGUAGUAUACUUGGACAGUACCAGGCUAGGAAUAAGCUUCCAUACUGAGGUAUACUAAGUGUGUUCCCGUUUUAACAAUGAAAGCACCAUAUUAUGACCCUCUAUUCUAGAACCUAUUUACAACUUUUUACCAUUUGUAAGCAAUUAACAUACCCAAGGCUAGAUCGUCUACAAACAGGAAAUGUGGAAGUUCACUUUCCAACUGCUGUCUAUAGACACAAAAAGGCAUAUUCAUGCUUUAUUGUACAAGACCAGGGAUACCAUGGCAACAACUGUGAACCUCCAGUUGCUAUUUGAAAGGAUACUAAUUCAUUAUUUCAACUACUUUGAGCAAAUUACAUGGAGACUCUCCAUAAACUUCCCUGGAGGAAAAUAGCAAUAUUUGAAUUUUGUGUAUCUUGAUAA